CACCUGUCACGGUGAACGGACCACCCUAUCCUCCGACUCCCCAUGGCCGUGCAGAGCAAACACUUUGUAUCGGUGUCCUCGCUGGUGACUGAUUCCCUGCAAGGCUUAUGCGUCUUAAACCCAAACCUUUCUCUUGAUGUCGCCAACAAAGUCGUCCACGUCACGAACCAAGAUCGGUCAAGAGUUGCUCUUUUGUGUGGUGGGGGCUCUGGACAUGAGCCGUCGCAUUCAGGAUUCGUUGGACAAGGCAUCUUGACCGCUGCGGUAUGUGGAUCAGUAUUCGCGUCUCCCAACUCCAGCCAGGUCCGUCGUGCGAUUGACCUAAUCAGCAAUGACAGAGGAACAAUCAUCAUUGUCAAGAAUUACACUGGUGACGUCCUGAACUUCGGGCUCGCUAAGGAACAGUACGCUGCGACUCAUCCGGACAAAGCGGGUUCUGUCAAAUUCAUCGUGGUUGGCGACGACGUUGCUGUUGGUAGGACGCAAGGAUACAUCGUUGGAAGGAGAGGUCUUGCCGGCGUCUGCCUCGUCUACAAGAUAGCAGGAGGACUUGCCACACGGGGUGGCUCCCUCGACGAGGUGUAUGAAGUUGCGCAAUACGUCUCGUCUCGAUUGGGAACCAUAGGUGUCGGGUUAGAGCACUGUCACGUCCCAGGGACUUCCGUGCAAGACAAUCAUCUUCGGGUUGAUGAGAUUGAGAUCGGGCUCGGUAUCCACAAUGAGAGUGGAAACAACCGCAUCUCACCCAUUCCCCCUCUGAACGAACUUGUACACGAUUUUCUGAAGUUAAUUACCUCGACGACCGACCCUGAACGGGCAUUCGUACCCUUCGGAAAUGAUGGAAAGGACGAAGUUGUACUCCUCGUAAACAACUUAGGAGGGCUCAGCGAACUCGAGCUCGGGGCCAUCGUCAACGAAACGAAACGAGCGUUAGACCACCAGCGUAUACAUGUGCGACGGGUACUGGCUGGGACGUUUAUGACUAGCCUCAAUAUGCCAGGGUUUUCGCUUACCCUUCUCCUACUGCCUCGUCCCAAUGACAAGCACGCCCUGUCUGUCGACUUACUACUCGCUCUCCUUGAUGAUCCAACGGAAGCGCCAGGAUGGAGGUGGUCCUCAAAGACUGAGCCAACUCAUACGCUGCGGAUCCCGGAGAGCCUGACGGCGUCUACCCCUCCUGCGAGUGCACAAGCUGCCAAACUAAGGGCUACGAAUGUUACAUCAUUUAACACUUCGAUCGAGUACGCUUGUAAAGCCCUCAUCACCGCUGAGCCAGAGAUCACGAAGAUGGAUAGUAUUGCCGGUGACGGUGACUGUGGUUUAACGCUGAAAGACGGAGCCAACGGCGUCCUCAAAGCACUGGAAGAGGGGAAAGUGUCAGGCGAGGAUGUCAUCGGUAGUAUGAUAGCCAUAUCCAAAGUUGCCGAAGAGGCCAUGGGUGGAACCAGUGGUGCCCUCUAUUCGAUCUUCUUCUCGGCGCUCGCCCAAGGUCUUGCGGGCACCUCAACUCUCGCCAAUGCUGAUAUCUGGAGCAUCGCGCUCAACUGUGCCCUCGACCGGCUUUAUACCUAUACCCGCGCUCGUCCGCCGUCACGUACGCUCGUGGAUCCUCUUGCGGCCUUCAUCGAGGCUUUUCCGUCCGGCCUUGAAGUAGCCGUCAAUGCUGCUAAGGAUGCUGCGGAGAAGACUAGGGACCUCGAGGCUAAGGCGGGGCGCAGUGCGUACGUCGAAGGUGGGAGGUUGAGAGCAGAGAGGAUUCCUGAUCCAGGUGCGUGGGGCGUCAGGGUGGUGGUUGAUGCUCUGUUCGCAGGUUCAAAAUGAUGGAGUGCUGCGCAUGAUGGAAAACUGUAUGACAUGUGUAAGUUACGGUGUAUACAUCAGCGUUCCGUCCAGUGUACAGUAGAAAAUAUAUUUGGCCACGAACAAAUGAA